GCUGUGCUGCAGAAGGUGGAGUACAAGUCCUCACUGUGGUCCCCUGGAUGCAGCUUGCCAGGACCGUGCCCUCCCUUGAGGAGCUGGACUCCUUCAAGUACAGCGACCUUCAUAUCCUAGCCAAGAAUCUGGGCCUCCAGGCUAACCUGAGGGCAGACAAGUUGUUAAAAGCCUUGAAAGCCCACCUUAAGCUUGAGGCAAAAAAAGAAAAUGAGAAUCAGGACGUGACAGAUGAAUGUCUUUCUUUCCACGAUGGAAGUCAGACCUCUGCAUCAUCCUGUGAGGAGGCUGAGCUUCAGAGCCAUGGCCAGGAACAAACUGAGAGGGAGCCUCUUGGUCAUGGCACCAAAACCAGAAGGUGCAGGACAGUCCUCAGGAACCCUGACACCCAGGAUCAUUCAGAGAUAAAAGUGAGUGAUCACACUGAAUUCCAGAAUCAGGAGAAGCAGGAACACCAGGGUCUCAGAACAGUUGCAGAAAUGUCUUCACCACCAGAUGAGAGCCAAGGAGAGGAGAAUGCCGUUUCCUCAGGAAAAAGAAGAAGAAAUGGUAAUGAAGAUUCGAAGGUACCUUCAGAAGGAAAAAAGUCUCUCUACACAGAUGGGUUUUCCAAACCUGGAAAAAGCAAAAGAAUUAUAAGCACAACUCCAAACUUUAAGAAGCUUCAUGAGGCUCGUUUUAAGAAAAUGGAGUCCAUCGAUCAAUAUAUUGAGAGAAAAAAGAAAAAUUUUGAAGAACACAAUACAUUUCAUGAACUGAAGAAGCAGCCAGCCACCAAGGGCGCAGUGGUGACUCCAGUUCCUCUCUGGGGAAGGCUCCCCUUGGCUUGUACUCCUACCAGCCAGCGCCGCUCACAGGGCCAGCCACUGGAUGCUGCGGGCAGGAGCACCUUGUGUGGGAAGGGCUCUGCCAAGCGUUCUGUGCUCUCGGCAACUAAAAUGAACGUCAGGUUUUCAGCUACUACCAAAGAUAAUGAGCAUAAGCGUUCACUGACCAAGACUCCAGCCAGAAAGUCUCCACAUGUGACCAUAUCUGGGAAUACCUCGAAAGGCCAGGCUGUGAUCGGGAUAUACAAGAUAAAGACCACAACUGGGAAUUCUGCUUCUGUCAUUACAUCACUCAAGCUGACAACUCAGGCGCAGACUCCAGUCUCCAGUAAGAAGCCAGUGUUUGAUCUCAAAGCAAGUCUGUCUCGUCCCCUCAACUAUGAGGCACACAAAGGCAAACUGAAACCAUGGGGUCAAUCUAAAGAAAAUAAUUCUCUGAAGGAACAUGUAAAAGUUAGCUUCCACAAGAAAACUUACAAACAACCUCCUCUCCAGACUAGGGAGGAACAACGGAAACAGCAUGAGCAAAGACGAAAAAAGAAAGCAAAGGUUUUAGGAGCUCGGAGGGGCCUCAUUAUGGCUGAAGAUUAACUUU